AUGGACCAACAGCCUCUCUCACCUCCGGCAGAGCCCGAACCAUCUUCAACAGCAAACCCUCCCUCAAACGCACCAGUCCCGCUUGACUCCCCCCUUCGCACAACACCCAUCCACCCAUGCCUCCCCGAUAUUCGCGUCCCAAGCUCGCCCCUAAAACCAUACCAGUACGACCCAGUCACCUGCACCCCCAUAGAUCUCAAGUCUGACUCGAUCCGAUCCCAAUUCGACCACCUUCGCACCGAAUACCCAUCCCCUAGCGCGGCGCUGAAAGCGCAAGAGCAAGUAGCCAAGGAAGCGAAGCGGAAGAUCGAGGAGGCGGAGAAGAAGCGCGAGGAGGUGCAAAAGGCCAUGGACAAGAAGGUUAAGGAGCGAGAUACGGAGAUGAAGGUGCUAUCGAAGUAUCAGAAGGUUAGGGGCUUGAAUAUUCCGUCUUGA